AUGGCCUCCUUCUUCACGGCUGCCCUGAAGAGCUUUCGGGGGGGUGCGGAGGAGCCCCACAAGGAGCCCCCCAAGGACGGCAAGGAGGCCGCGCUGCCCGGCGGGAUGGCCCGGGAGGAGUUUGAGGAGUAUCAGCGGCAGCUGCUGGAGGAGAAGAUCGAGAGGGACAAGGCCUUUGCACAGAAGAAGGCAGAACGGGCCACUGUGCGGAUGCACCUGCGGGACAAGUACCACCUGCCCCAGGACGAGCGGGACGAUGCUCAGCUGCACGUGGCGGGCGGGGCGGUGGAGCUGCCGCAGGAGCUGGUGGCCAUGGUGCGGGGCGAGGAGGAGGAGGAGGAGGAUGGUGACACCAGGGCCUUCGCCUUCUUCACGAAGCUGCAGCUGGAGCUCCCGGCACUGCGGGACCGUGCCCUGGGCACCGUAGACGAGGUGAAGGAGAAAUGUGCCCUGAUGUAG